GUUGUUGUGGUGGGCAGCAGACGACGUGCACGGCGGCGGCGGCGGGGCGAGGGAGGCGGGGCGGCAACACGGUGCUGCUCAAGAACAAGAAUCGGACACCAGAAAACUCGGCACGUGAAGAGAGAGAACGGUGCUGCUGCUCCCUGCUCCCCGCUGUUUGACGGUUUUCUUACCUGGUGGGGCUCCCUGACGAGUACAGGAAGCCGCACACUACUGAUGCGCCGGCUUAUACAAAAUUAGCAAUGGCAGGACAGCGUUUUAUAACAGCCUACAAAAGUAUCUUCAAUCCAAAGCCGGUGAGGCCACCAUUCCUCCAUGUGUGCCAAGUUGGUGACCCAGUGUUGCGAUCAGAAGCCAAGCCAGUGGAAGUGGAACAUCUUAACAACCCAGAAAUAAAACAGGUAAUUUUGCAGAUGAAGCAAGUGAUGAAGAGAUAUGACAGUGUUGGCCUGGCUGCUCCUCAAAUAGGCAUGCCGCUUAGGAUACUUUUGUUAGAAUUUUCUCCAAAAAGAAAAGAACAGUUUGGAUCAGAGGUUUACGCUGCACGAGAAAUGUCCACUCUCCCUCUUACAGUCAUAGUUAACCCCAAAAUGGAUGUUCUGGAUUACAACAAAGUGGAGUUUCCUGAGUCAUGUGAGAGUGUUCGGGGCUUCAGUGCUCUGGUACCAAGAUAUAAAGCUGUCAGGUUAUCAGGUUUGAACCUCAAAGGUGAAGCUGUGACACUAGAGGGAAAAGGCUGGUUGGCAAGAAUGAUACAGCAUGAGAUGGACCACCUAGAUGGGAAACUGUACCUUGAUUGUAUGACACCAAGAACUUUUCAGAAUGAUGCGUGGCACAAAAUCAAUGUACAUCAAGGAAGAGUGAAAAUAGAGUUUCAUAAAAGUUGAAAUUUUCA